AUGUUCAACAUCUCGAAUUUGGUGCAGAAGGCGCAGCAGUACAUCGAACCCACGCUCAACACCAUAGCCGCUCCCGCAUCGUCAGACCGCCGACCCUCCAAAGCCACCCUCUUCCGCUACCAAUUCCGCCUCCCCGACUCGCAGAACCCCCUCCAAGAGAUUACCGCCGAGCUUACCCUCCAACCCCACCAUUCCACGAGGGGCCCCGGCGACGUCACAUCGGAGAAGGAGCGCAGCCAGGGCAACCACUAUGUCGGAAAGCUGCACCUGAGCGAGCAGUAUCUCUGCUUCUCCACACAGGGCUCAAGCUUCGCCAAUACUGCCAGUCUGAGCUCCUCCAGCAGCUUCACCGGGCAGACUCACGGCGCGGGACCUGCGGGCAACGGUUUCACAUUACCGCUAUGCGGCAUACGACGGGUGGAGCGGCUGCAUAGUCAGAGCUACAUGUUCGCGCUGGCGAUAACAACGUGGAACGGCAUACCAGACUCGAAAUCGCAGGUGCCUGCUGGUCAGAAGCUUACGAUUCAGCUCGCGGGGUCGCGACAGGCCUGCGAACGCUUUUGCGAUGCUCUCAAGAAGGGACUGAGAGAGGGCGUCAAGGAGGUAGACAAUCUGCGCAAGGUAGUGGGGCAAUGCUACUCGGAGUAUCUUCUCACAGACGCCGAGCAGAAGAAGGCCGGAGAUGAUGGCAAGCAAGCGCGAGAACACCCAGAUACCGGCCUAGGCAUGAUCUUCAAAUAUCCAGGCAACGCACGGAAGCUGAGGGAUGCGACAAAGAUACGGCUAUGGCGCGAGUAUCUUAGAGAUAACGGCCGAAGCGCAACUCUCAUCCGACAACCUACCUUCCACAAGCUCAUUCGCGUCGGUCUGCCGAAUCGGUUACGAGGCGAGAUGUGGGAGCUCACUUCGGGCGCCUUCUUCUUGCGCCUACAGAACCCGAACCUCUACACCGAGACCCUAGCAAAGUUCUCCGGUCGAGAGUCGUUAGCGAUCGAUGAGAUUGAGAAGGACCUCAACAGGAGUCUGCCGGAAUACCCAGGCUUUCAGUCCGAAGAGGGAAUCGGUCGGCUCCGACGAGUCUUGACGGCAUACAGCUGGACAAACGAGGAGGUUGGCUACUGCCAGGCGAUGAACAUUGUGGUCGCAGCAUUGCUUAUUUACAUGUCCGAGACUCAGGCCUUUUUCCUCCUAUCCGUGCUGUGUGACCGCCUCCUGCCCGGCUACUACUCACAAACCAUGUACGGCACCUUGCUGGACCAAAAGGUCUUCGAAUCGCUCGUCGAAAAGACGAUGCCCAUACUAUGGGACCAUCUGGUCAAAUCAGACGUGCAGUUGUCCGUUGUUUCUCUACCUUGGUUUCUCUCGCUCUAUAUCAACUCUAUGCCUCUAAUAUUUGCUUUCCGCGUUCUUGAUGUUUUCUUCCUCGAAGGCCCCAAGGUACUCUUCCAAAUCGGCCUAGCUAUCCUGCGUAUCAAUGGCGAGGAACUACUCGACGCUACAGAUGACGGCACCUUCAUCUCAGUCUUGAAGUCGUACUUCUCAAGGCUUGACGAGUCUGCCCACCCGAAGUCCGAGAACCCCAAACUGCGAGCAGUCACUAGAUUCCAAGAGCUCAUGGUGGUCGCGUUCAAAGAAUUUGCGGGCAUCACACAGAACACCAUCUCCGAGCAGCGAGCGAAGCACAAGGAUGCCGUACUUGAGAACAUCGAAAACUUCGCCAAGCGUACAUCAAUACGCAACCUCGGUCCCGAUAGCAAGAAGCUGAGUGUGAAUGACCUUGGCUUCUUGUACGACAAAUUCUACGCAGUGUUGUACGAGCGACAGCAAAGAGCUGAGAUCAUGCAGCAAGAGGCUGAGCGCAAGGCAAAGGCCAGCAGGAUGAAAGCGACUGAGGUUGUGAUGGGUACAUCUGGAAACGCGGAGAAGGGCCGUGUGGCACUUGGACCCAGCCCUACCCAGAUGGACUACGAUGCUUUUAGAGAGUUCCUGGCUGGUAUCGCAAAGUGGGCAAUUACUGACUCACCGAGCUCGCCACCUGAGGGUAGUGGUACUCAGUCUCCGCACUCAUACUUUGGAAACAGUAUGAGGAAACGACCGCCAAUGUCGCCGUGGGGAACAGGACCGGAACCAGCGGAUCACGAGUUCAUGCGACGCUUGUUCCGGCGCUGGGACGUAGACAUGACCGACUCGUUAUCGCUACAGAAUGUUGUCACUGGCUUCGCGCACGUAAAAGGCACCAAGGACAUCAUGUCCAACAUCAGCUACUUUUUCGAACUUUACGAUGACGACGGCGAUGGCAGGGUAGAUCGUGAGGGUAUCUUGAGAAUCUCAGAAGCUCUUCUUUUCCUGUCGAGGCGAGGCGUCCACGACCCAAGUCCGGCUGCCUCGUCACUUGACGUAAGCUCGGAGGCAGGUUCAGAACGCAUCGGUCGCGACGAACAGUUCCUGAGCAGCGUCUCCGCCUUCAUUCGGCAUUGUUUCGAGUACGCAGACCCCGAUCACCCUUCUAAUCAGUCAAAUAAGGCAGUCGACCAGGUCUCAGAAGAGGUUGACAACUUCGCUAUUGGCGAUGACGAAGAAGAUGACCUGAUAGACUUUGGAUCUGAGCCAUCAACACCAAAAGCCACAGCAACCACGUUCGAGAAGUCUGAAAAGAACCCAAUGUCACCAACACCAUCAAAUCAUACCACUGAAUCAGAUGUUGCAGAGCGCAACGACAAGGCAAAGUCGGCAAACCUUGCGCUUGACCCGAACAAGCCUCUUCACAUAACGCUUCCUACUUUCCGCAUGGUCAUUCUCGCCGACGACGCACUACUGAAUUUCUUCGAAGUCGGCUUCUCAUCGUCCUUCCGCCUGGCCGACGAGACGCUGUCCUCGGGAUCCAGCUUCCACAACCUCACCACUUUCGCCAAUGCUGGAAGACAAGGCGGCGGAGGUGGUGGACUAGGCGGUGUGGUCGGCGGCGCUGGCGCUGGUGUUGUGCCACCCGGCAAGGGCCUACGAGGCAUGCUCGACAACAUCGUCAAUGACGGAAUGCGCGUUGCAACUGAAGUGAGGAGGCGAUACGACGAAGCGCAAAAGGAGCUGGACAAGGAAGCUCGACACGGACGAGAAGACGAUGACGAUGAUGAGGAGGUUGAUGCGAAAGACCUGGACCUCCUGGAGGGUGCCGAGACGGUGGACGUGGGCGCAUCAAAGGGGGAAGCACCGCUGGACCUACUGUCACCGGCAGGUACUGGGGAAGAGAUCAAGCCGGCUAGGAACCGGUCGGCUAGUGAUGCGAGUAGAAGACCGCCAUUACUGGAGAAGACGGUGCCACAGCACUUUGACGAGGUUGUGAAGCAAUACGGUGACAGGAACGCAGUCAUAUCGCACCAUCAACGUAUACACCUGACGUACGAUGCGCUCGAUCGCGACUCGAACAGGCUUGCCAGGGGACUGCAGAAGCUUGGCGUGAAGAAGGGGGAAAGAGUCGCCGUCAGUCUAGGGAACAAUGCUGAGUUCGCUACUCUCACGUACGCGCUGUUUAAACUGGGAGCGAUACUGGUGCCACUGAAUCCCUCGUUCAACGCACCCCAAGUCCUCAACGCGAUCAAUCACCUAGAUGCCGCGCAUCUCGUCAUCGGAGCCGAAACGAACCUCCCGCGUAAAGACCCGCGCUCCAAUAUCUCGCUCCUCACGCACUUGAUACCCAAUCUCGCCGGCUCGACCCUCGAAUCCGAACUCGUCCCGUCGCUGAAGAACGUCAUACUGGUGAAUAACGCGCAAGGCAGGGUGGAUCUGGGAGACUAUAGGAGUCUAAAGAGAUACGAGCACGUAUUCGAGGAUGGCGCACAGGACAAUGCGUUCGAAGAUCAAGGCCUGCAUCCGGAUGACAUCGUCAAUAUCCAAUUUACGUCUGGCACUACAAGCAUGCCGAAAGCUGCGUGCUUAAGUCAUAGGAGUAUUUUGAACAACGGAAACAGCAUCGGCGAUAGGAUGCUAUUAACGCCAGACGACGUUGUGUGCUGUCCGCCUCCAUUGUUCCAUUGCUUUGGAUGCAUUCUGGGAUACAUGGCCACGGCUACCCACGGUAGCGCCAUCGUAUUUCCCACCGAAGCCUUCAAUGCCCUGGCCACACUUGAAGCCGUUCGCGAAUACAAAUGCACAGCCCUCUAUGGCGUCCCCACCAUGUUCGUAGCUGAACUGGAGCUGCUGGCUCAUGGUGCUGUACCCAAAGAUGGUUUUCAAUAUCUGCGUACCGGCAUUGCAGCAGGCUCUGCUAUACCCUCGGAACUCAUGCGCAAGCUACACAAGAACCUGAACUUGACUGAGUUGACCAUCUGUUACGGCAUGACCGAGACCUCUCCUGUAUCAGCCAUGACCACCACGGACGACCCGAUCGAAAAGCGCAUCGACAGCGUCGGUCGUCUUCUCCCACAUGUUCGCGCCAAAGUCGUCAGUCCGUCAGACUGGUCGCGCACACUUGACGUAGGCCAACGCGGCGAACUCGCAGUGUCAGGCUACCUCCUCAUGAAAGGGUACUGGGGUGAUACAGCACGCACAGAGGAAGUUCUACAACCGGACGAAGACGGUAUGCUAUGGAUGCAUACCGGAGAUGAGGCGUCUAUGGACGAAGAAGGAUACAUCAAGAUUACUGGCAGGAUAAAAGAUCUGAUCAUCAAGGGGGGCGAGAACAUCCAUCCACUAGAGGUCGAGAACUGUCUCUUCGCUCAUCCUGCUAUCAGCGAGGUUAGUGUGGUGGGUCUACCCGACGAGCGGUACGGUGAGGUUGUCGCAGCCUUCAUAGUCACGCAUGCUGGCGAUGAUGGGAACGUGACCACGGACGAGGUGCGAAACUGGGUCAGGGAGAAAUUGAGCCACCAUUUAGUGCCGAAGUACGUCUUUUGGGUCGACAACUACCCCAAGACUGCGAGCGGGAAAAUCCAGAAAUUCAAGUUAAAAGAGCGAGGAAUUGCGCUAUUGCAGGAGGGUAAAGGUCUAAUCUAA